GUUAAGCAAAUGGAAGCAUUGGUCAAAUACCACCACAAUACCAUUCCCUUCUCUCUCCAAGCCCUAAUCUGCAGACCACCAAGCAAGCACCAUAGAGAGAGAAUGAUAGAGAGAGAAACACCAUCCCCAAUCCCAAAUUAGGGUUUCCGAUUCCUCUCUGCUGUUGCUGAGAGAUAAGCUUCUCCAAUUCCGUUCGAGGUUGGGGUUUUAGGUUUUUAGCGGGAGUGGAGGGUUGUGGAGUGGAGAUGGAGGGGAAUUCCGGUGGUGGCGGUGGCGGUGGCGGUGGCGGUGGUGGUGGGAAUGAUGUGGAGUUGCUGUGUAAGACCUUGCAGGUGGAGCACAAGCUGUUCUACUUCGAUCUCAAGGAGAAUCCUCGCGGUCGUUACCUCAAGAUCUCCGAGAAGACAUCGGCCACAAGGUCCACCAUCAUUGUCCCUUUCAACGGCAUCUCCUGGUUCUUGGAUCUCUUCAAUUACUACGUCAAUUCCGAUGAGCAGGACGUCUUUAGCAAGGAGCUCCAGCUCGAUACAAAGGUGUUUUACUUUGACAUUGGCGAAAAUAGAAGGGGUCGCUUUUUGAAGGUAUCUGAAGCUUCUGUAAGCAGAAACCGCAGUACUAUUAUUGUUCCUGCAGGAAGUGCCCGAGAUGAAGGGUGGGCAGCAUUCAGGAACAUCUUGGCUGAAAUAAAUGAAGCAUCAAAGCUUUUCAUUCUACCCAAUCAGCAAAAUUCUGAACCCUCAGAACGUCUGGUUGGGCUUUCAGACGAUGUAGGGGCUGGUUUUAUAUCCGGCCAUAGUACUCAACCUGCCACUGCAUCUGAAUUGACUGUAGACGGUUCUGUUGAUUUGCCUCCAACAGAUGAAAUUGGUAACUUGGGGAUAUCAAAAGUGAUCAGAGCUGAUCAGAAGAAGUUCUUCUUUGAUCUUGGGAGCAACAACAGGGGCCAUUUCUUAAGAAUAUCUGAGGUGGCAGGUUCCGAUCGCUCCUCCAUCAUUCUCCCACUGUCGGGGCUGAAGCAGUUCUUUGAGAUGGUGGGUCACUUUGUGGAGAUCACUAAAGAUCGAGUUGAAGGAAUGGCUGGUGGAAAUGUUCGGAUCGUGAACCCUCCUCAAAGAUGAAUACUGAUGAUGAUGAUGAUGGGUUCAGAGUUUGGUGAAUAAGCUGAUCAGUCCAAAUCGAGGGCUUUUCAGUCCCAUAUAUGGCUGUUUGAAUAGGGGUAGAAUUGUGGUCUGUGUUAAUUUAUUUUUCUUUCUUCAUUUCUCAUUUUAGUUUCUGUUUGAAAUAAACCUGGCCCCUCUGUCUGAUUAACAGAGAAAACAUUUAUAAGUUAUUUGCCAUGCUUGAUGUCAAACAGAGAAUACCAGAACAACAAUAAACCAGUUGCGAUGUAAUUGUUGGUAUGAUAUAGUGACACCCACUCUGCAUCUCCUAUAAUAUUUGUGCUUGUUUCAUUUUA